GGAGGUUCAGGGGCUGGGGUUUUUCGCCUUUCUUUCCCUCCCGUAGCUUCCCCGACCAUGGACCCUAAAAGCUAUUGCUGCCUCUGCAGAGCUACACAGUUACUGUUUCAGCUGUAGGAUGUGCACUCUUCCACCAAAAACCCUUUGGAAGGACAGAGUGUUGUUCACGAAUAUGUUCUCUUUAAGACCAUUAAAAACCAGUGGAAUGGAAAGCAAGUGCUGUGAUCAUCCCACAUUGUGCUCCUUGUCAGCGAUGUAUACAUUCCUACUAGGCACCAUAUUCAUUGCUUUGAGCUCAAGUCGAAUCCUACUGGUAAAAUACUCAGCCAAUGAAGAGAACAAGUAUGAUUAUCUUCCAACUACUGUGAACGUGUGCUCAGAAUUGGUGAAACUGGUUUUCUGUGUGCUUGUGUCAUUAUGGAUUUUAAAGAAAGAAGAUCAUCAAAGUAGAAACUUGAGAUGUGCUUCCUGGAAAGAAUUCUCUAAUUUCAUGAAGUGGUCCAUUCCUGCCUUUCUUUAUUUCCUGGAUAAUUUAAUUGUCUUCUAUGUCAUUUCCUACCUUCAGCCUGCCAUGGCUGUUAUCUUCUCAAAUUUUAGCAUUAUAACAACAGCUCUUCUAUUCAGGAUAGUGCUGAAGAGGCACCUGAACUGGAUACAGUGGGCUUCCCUCCUGAUUCUGUUCUUGUCUAUUGUGGCUCUCACUGCUGGGACUGAAACUUCACAACAUAACCUGGCAGGACAUGGAUUUCAUCAUGAUGCCUUCUUCAGCCCAUCCAAUUCCUGCCUUCUCUUCCGAAGCGAAUGUCCCGGAAAAGUCAAUUGCACAGCAAAGGCAUGGACUUUUCCUGAAACUAAGUGGAACACCACAGCUAUGAUUUUCAGUCACCUCCGUCUCGGCUUGGGCCAUGUGCUUAUUAUAGUCCAGUGUUUUAUUUCCUCAAUGGCCAAUAUCUAUAAUGAAAAGAUAUUGAAGGAAGGGAACCAGCUCACUGAAAGCAUCUUCAUACAGAAUAGCAAACUCUAUUUCUUUGGCAUUCUUUUUAAUGGACUGACACUGGUCCUUCAGAGCAGUAACAGUGAACAGAUUAAGAACUGUGGGGUUUUCUAUGGCCACAAUGUGUUUUCAGUCACCCUUAUUUUUGUGACUGCAUUCCAGGGCCUCUCAGUGGCUUUUAUUCUGAAGUUCCUAGAUAACAUGUUCCACGUCUUGAUGGCCCAGGUCACCACUGUCAUCAUCACAGCGGUGUCUGUCCUGGUCUUUGACUUCAGGCCCUCCCUGGAGUUUUUCUUAGAAGCACCAUCGGUUCUUCUCUCCAUAUUUAUUUACAAAGCCAGCAAGCCUCAAGGUCUGGAAUAUGCACCUAGGCAAGAAAGGAUCCGAGAUCUAAGUGGCAGCCUUUGGGAGCGCUCCAGUGGGGAUGGAGAAGAACUGGAAAGGCUUACGAAACCAAAAAGUGAUAUUGACUCAGAUGAAGAUACUUUCUAAUUAGUACCCAAAUAAUUGGCUGCUCACAGAAACUUUUUUGCACACUUUCAGCAUGUGUCAUAUUUAUCUUUUCACUUUGAUAAACACGAAUAUUUCUGAAGUAGAAAAUGCUUUGCAUAUGUGUAACCACUCCCUAAACAGUUCCAUCCAUGGCUUAGAGGACCCAAAGGCUAAAAAGUUCUAAGGAACUGACACGAGAGUAAUAAAUAGUAUGGAGACUGCA